AUGUUUAUAAACAAUUUAUCCGUUUUAGUUAUUAAAAUAAGUAGCAAUAGGACUACAGAUAAGAUGUCGGUACUUCAAGCAACGAUACCAUUUAAAUCUCGCAAGAAAGUGACGCCGAUAAUUAAAAAAAACAAAUCUAAUUGCGAGAAUGACGAAUUAAUUGGCAAUAUUCAGAAGAGCCCUCGAAAGAGGCUUGCUGAAGUUCACGCAGAUUUAAAAGGUAGGCAGCAGCCUGGGCAGGCUUGGGCAUCUACGAUUUUUUACAACCGGGGCAAAAAUUCCCUUUCGGACCCAAGGCUCCCCUGGAGGACACCCCUGGGGGUGCGUCAUUGCGCCCUUCUAACACCCCCGCCCCCAGUUCGAUCAACGGUCCGACAUUUUGAUGAAGCUUAUUUUUUAUCACUGACGCCCGGGGCAAAUGUCCUUGUGUUCCCACUUGUCGCCCCCACCCCUAGAUUCGGGCCUGAGCCUUGGAUCGACCACUUGAACCGAGGUCUCCAGCCGAUAGUAAAACUUGCUAAAAUAGAUCAAAAUCUAAUAAGUACAUUAAAAGACGAUAGCAGUUCUUUGAACCUUAUUAAAAAAGACACUAUUUCAGAAUCGAGGGAUUCUGGGAAGCCACUGUCAUGUAGAGAAAAAGAAAUAGAUUAUCUAGAAAACUUCCUCGAUGAACAACUACGACGUAAAGAAUCUGCAUCGAUAUACAUAUCGGGUCAACCGGGUACUGGAAAAACGGCUAGUUUAUCAUACAUAUUGAAGUCGCCAAAGAUUGUAAAGGAAUAUAAGCAAGUGUACAUCAACUGUACCAUGAUGAAAUCGGCGAAAGCUAUUUAUAACAGAAUUUGUUGCGAGUUGGAAUUAGAGACUUCAGGGACGACAGAAAAAGCUUGUCUUAGUGCAAUUGAAAAACAUUUGAAAAAGAAUCAUAAAAUGAUACUUUUAGUAUUAGACGAGAUCGAUCAGUUAGAUAGUAAGCGUCAAUCGGUGUUAUAUACGAUAUUCGAAUGGCCAGCUAUACAUGACUCUGGCAUAGUGUUGAUCGGUAUAGCGAACGCGUUAGACUUGACUGAGCGCACGUUGCCGCGGCUUCAGGCGCGCUGCUCGCUGCGCCCGCGCACGUUACAUUUCGCCCCAUAUACUAAAGAACAGAUCAUCAACAUUUUCACCACGGUACUCGCCAAGGAAGAUAGAAACAACGUGUUUUCACCGGUGGCUUUGCAAAUGUUGGCAGCCAAAAUCGCUGCAGUCUCAGGAGAUAUGAGGAGAGCCUUAGACAUAGGCAGAAGGGUCAUAGAAGUAGCGAGACGGAGUAAGUUUGACGAGAAUCAUUCAAUCGAUAGAAUGAUGAAGGACACCCAAGUGACUGUGGAGUUGAAGCAAGUCUUGGAAGUUCUGAACGACGUUUAUGGCAGUUCGCGGAAGAUCGAAACGGAAGUCGAGGAGGGAUUCCCGAUGCAACAGAAACUGAUCCUUUGUAGCUUGAUGUUGAUGCUGACUAAAGGGAAGAAUAGGGAUAUUGUUAUGGGGAAACUUUAUGAUGUUUACAAAAGAGUUGCUGUAGCACGUAACAUCGCAGCUCUGGACAUGAGUGAGAUGGUGGGCGCGUGCUCGCUCCUGGAGUCCAGCGGUGCGGUGCGAGUGGUGGGCGGGGGGGGCGCGCGGUCCCGUCGUCUGCGUCUGCAGUGGGACGAGUCAGAACUGGCGGCCGCGCUGCGGGACAAGCCGCUUUUGUCCACCAUACUCGCAGAUGUCAACUGUCUCGCACCGUAA